AUGGAUGCUCCCAAAGCUUUCAUGCUAGAGAACGCAAGCAUCCUUCUCCAGGUUGCGGGAAAUCGGCUUCCCGCCAAUGUAUCUUCUCUUCAGGAGCGAAUGCCUCAGGUGGAAAAGAGCCAUUUACUUCAUACAGAGUCAGAUGUCAUUCGUGCUUCUAUCCAGUACCUCCUCCAUCCUAUUAAUGUCGCAACUAGCCGAUUGGUACCUUCUUCUGGUCGCCUUUUCUGCAGAGGCGAGGCGCGUGAAGGCGGUGGAUGUCGAACGGACCUCAGAUGGAUAUACUGGAAUGGCAGUGGAUGGACCAACAUUGCCGUGUUAGAAUUCAAAAACAGUCGAGUGCUACGUUGGAGCGAUUUCAAAGACGCGGUGUCGGACCAAAACAAUGCGAAAGCAAUGGUGGACUCAGCCUACGGCACACACCCGCACUACACGCAUUUCACGAACAAUGCUGUAUGGCUGUCAAAGCAAGCUAGGAAAUAUGCUCAGAACACUGGAGCCCCGGACGUCGCCAUCUUCGAUUGGGACAAAAUGUUUAUAUUCAACUUCUAUGGUAUGGCUGAGCAUCUCCAGAAUCCUGUACUCGCAAAAGGCAUCUGGUUUGAAGAAGGCAACAGCAGCCAACAAGGUCACACUUUUCGAAUGAUCCUUUUUGGAUUCCUUGUUCGAGCUUUGCAGAGGCAGGGCAUUAUCACAUGA